AUGAAAUAUUUUGAGAUAACUAAUUUGUCUACAGAAUGUAGCUCAGAUGAUACAGCUGUGAUUUUAGAUAACAUUCGAACUGAAUUAAAUCCCAUGGAACCCGUUGAUGAGCCACAAGUUGAUGACCAACUAGAAAAUUUUGAAAUUAAGACGUUUGAAAAUUAUUCAGAAGCUCUUGAACAGCUUAUUCGAUUGAAGGAGUUUUAUUUGAAUACAAUUUAUGAAAAAUGGUUUCCAUACGUGAGUGGGAUAAUUAUCCAUCAUGAGUUGGAAAUGAACAAAUCAAAGUUCCAAAAACAAACAUCAAUACUAUAG